UUCUUUCUACGAUCAACUCUUUCUUGCAAAUCGAUUAAAACCCGGAGGAACCAGAAAGCUUUCUUACAGGCCCAAACCCUAAUCUUCUUCGCCAUUGCCCUCAUCUCUUGGAAUCGGAGAUUUUUGCCGUCUCUUUAAACAGGUGUAUUCUGGAAUCCAGGUGUUUUCCCGGCGGCGCCGAAACCCUAGUUGUCGAACAUCUUAGAUUAGCGGAAGAAUCCCUAGAAUUUGUCUCGUUCGAUCUCCAUAUGAGGUUGACCGAUUCGAAUUUUUUGUUGGCCGGAAAUGCUUCCUUGGAAUCCGGUGCGAGAUAAGAUUUACCAUUUAAGGAUGAGCAAGACACUCGGUUUCUGCUGUUAGAUUUCCGGAAAUUUCGCAGUUUUGGGCGAGGAUUGUAGAAGGAUAGCUAGAUUUUUCUGCGUCUGUAAAUCUUAUUGUACAUAUAGCUCGAUCGAGAUGACCGGUCUAGGCUACUGGUGGUGAAUCGCGGGUUUCUUGUUGAUUGGUAGCUGGGAUUAUGAUUUUGCUGGAUUUAGUUUAAUGGUGGCCAUUAGAGAGAUGAGAAAAUGUUAUGCCCUGUAAUAUUGAUCUUCAUUGUCGUGGUUCUACAGGAUUUUGGAAAUAUUUACGUUUUGGACUGAGUUAAGAGUCGGGGUGAUUUUGGGGGGGAGGGUAUAGCUAUAUUGUCUGCUUGCAAAAUGAGUGUAGAUAAUAAUCAACAAUUUACGAUGGAUCCACCUGUUGAAACCAAUGAUGGAUCCUCAAAGAAACCAAGAAUUUCAUACAAGAGAGAGUUUCUUUUAUCCUUGAGUAACUUGGAUGUUUGCAAGAAGCUCCCAAAGCUGCCAAGUGGAUUUGACGAAUCACUAUUACGUGACUCAGAAGAUCCUUUGCCAGAGCAUCGAAGGAUUUCUAGCGAUUUGUCAUCUCAUGGUUUCAGGCAGAAUGACUAUAGUUCGUCUCCACCUACCAGGGGUGAAAUGGGUAGUUAUUCUCGAGGAACCCAUGGAAAAUGGGAAGAUCGCUCUGGUGGAUGGAAUGAUAAAGUUACUGAUUCACAAUCCGAAUGGGACUCAGCAGAGCCUGGAAGGCGUUAUGGCAUGCCUUCACGGAGACCUUGGCAAGCUCCUGAACAUGAUGGACUUCUAGGAAGAGGCUCUUUUCCCAGGUCAUCUGGAUAUGGUGUGGGCACAUCUGGUCAAAGGUCUCAAUCUAAUGAUGCGUAUCAGCUGAGUAGAAGCAACGAGCCUUAUCAUCCUCCACGCCCAUACAAGGCAUCACCUUACUCACGGCGCGACACAAAAGACUCAUUCAAUGAUGAAACAUUUGGUUCUUCUGACUCUACAAGUGAAGACAGAGCAGAAGAAGAGAGGAAGAGAAGAGCUUCCUUUGAGUUGAUGAGGAAAGAACAACACAAAGCAUUCCAGGAGAGGCAAAAAUUAAGUCCAGAAGGGCGGAAAAAGGGAUUUGAUCUCACUGAACUGUUGCAGGAUUCGAAGGAUGAAAAAGGCCAAUUAGGUAGAAGCAAUCAUGUCUGUGAAUCUUCAAUACUUCCUGGUUCCAAUAACACUGUGGUUCCACCUCAAAAUACUACUCCCAGACCACUCGUACCUCCUGGUUUUGCAAACACGCCUUUGGAAGGAAAACCGGGAGUGAAGCCUCCUACUGGAGUUUAUCAACAUGAAGGUAGUCUGUUGAAUUCAAAAGAUGGUCAUCUAGUGAAUGGGAUGUCUGGUAACAAUGAGGAGAAAGCACCGGCAAAUCAAACGGGCUCAAGUGAGCUGUUGAUGAGAAGUACUGAUGUCAAUAUCUCCACUAACACAAGUGAAAGGGCUGUUGAUCUGUCUACAGUUCUUGGAAUAACUACUGAUACAAUUGGCAGAGAUAAAAGUUUUGAGAAUCUUCCCUGCAUCUCAAAUUUUAGUGAAGCCUCAGGAUAUUCUGAAAAGAGUGAACAAGCUAUCACAAAGUUGGACCAGAAGAAAAGCUUAGGGAACUCGGAUGGAGCUUCAAUCCUGGAUAAGCUAUUCAAUGCCGCUUUGAACUUGAAUGAUGGCAAGGACUCUAAUUUUACAGAGCAAAAUGACAAUAAAGUAGAGGAAAGAUCGAGCCCUCAAACCGUCAAAUCUUCCAAGUUUGCAGGUCUGUUUCUUGAAGAAGGAAACACAGAUAACAAACCAUAUGAAGAUAUCUCAUCCAGCGAGCAGUCAAACGGCUUGCUCUCACUGCUUCAAGGUGCCAAUAAACUCCAAAUAUUUGAUGUAAAAUCCAAGGAUGAACUCUCAGCAAGGCUGCCCUUCCAAGGCCAUGACACUAAAAACCCUGAUCAGCUUAUCUAUACUUCCCCUAGUAAAUCUGCAGCUGUUCCACCGGUUCUCACCUGUGAAGACCUUGAACAGUCUAUUCUGUCUGAAGUCAGUGAUAGCUAUUCGCAUCCACCACCAGCUAUGCGAGACUCGGAUGUUUCUUCUGUGAGGAACAAACAGCAAAAAGCAUAUGUUGAUGACCAUGCUUCGCAUCACCUACUUUCUUUGCUGCAGAGAGGAGCAGGCCCUGAAAAUCAGUUUAUGCGGCUAUUUUCAAAUGCAGAAAGUAGACCAUCCGCUGAGCAACCACCUGAAACUAGUGGAAUAGGCAGAGAGGCAGCAGAUUCAGGGAAUACUUUGACUCUUGAAACUCUUUUCGGGAGUGCCUUCAUGAAGGAACUGCAAUCUGUUGGAGAAUCUGCCUCUGCAAAUGCUGGAGUUUCUGAAGCUCAUAGUUUGUCUCUUUCAGCUAAAGAUGAAGGUCUUCUCCUAGCCGGGACCCCAUUCAGAUUAGACCAGUCUAUCAGUGAAGCGAGCCAAAGUGAUCAAAUGAGAUCAGAUGGCCUUCCUGGAGGUCUAUUUCGUUCUGCAGACAAUGCAACUGAACUGGGCCCUAGGAUUGGUGCUGCUGGUGUUGGUCUCCUGGGAGAGGAUAACUUACUUGCAGUUAACGGCACUGCGAACAUGCAGAAAUUCGUACCUUUCCAAGGUUCCCCUAAUCAAGAACCAAAAGAAGGGCCAUUUAAUCUCGCUGAGAAGCUAGCUGCCUUGAAUUAUGGCCCAAGGAAAGAAAGACUGCCAAUAGGAAGUCAAGAUAGUCCUUUCCUCCGUCAUCCACCUCACUACCCAAAUGGGCCAGACCUCCCAUUUCAGCCUUCUAGUGCUCACCCGCAGCUGCAACCUUCUCAUCUAAAUGGUUCGGGUCCUUUGUUCCACUCAUUUGAUCCUCAUCAUGGUACUGUAAAGUCUCAGAGCGAUUUAAUGGCCACAGGCAGCUUUCAUCAGGAUCAUCCCCCAAAUCACCAGUUUCCAGCAAACAUGAUUCACCCACCUUUCCAUCAUUCUCCUGGUGGGGUUCCUGAGUUAGAUCGUCACUCUCAUCCUAUGUUGCAGGAAAUGCACAUGAGAAGCAACAUGCCUCACCCCCACCAUGUGUUACAAGGAUUUCCCGGGGGUCCACUGCACCAUCAACCUCCUGGUGUGAACAAUCAGAUGCCAGGUGUGGUACCCGGCCUCAGUGCAUCGCAAGGCUUUCCUUUUGCCCAUUGGCAGCCAAACUUUGCUAGACAUAACAUGCCACCUCCAGUUACCCAAGUAAAGGGAAGUGAUAAUUCAGGGUCACUGCAGAGAUUCCUGGGGAUGGACCCAAAGCAGAUCCAACCGAUGAUGGGUCAAGCCGGUGGUCCUCACCGACAGGGCUCCUUGGGUUAUGGCCUCGACCUGGGCUUUGGCCACAGAUAAUUCACUGUGCACUUUGAGAAAGCCAAAUGUAAAAAAUAUACACGUGCCCAGAAGUACAAAAACGCACCAUCAAGUGGGGGUUUUAGGUUUGGGCAAUGUAACUGGAGAAACCAUUUGCGAUUCGCUGUUGUGUCCACCGAAGAACUUUUUUUUUUUUUAUGUUUUUAGUUUUGCUUGGAUUUCUUUACCAUCCGCCAAUUUGCUCUCGAGAAGAAGAGUUGUGAUUUCCUG